UAAGAGCGCUGCCGAUGUCAUUUCCAUGGCAACAUUGUGAACUAUGAGUGGUCUAACGACACAAUUACCGGCAAUCGGAUUCACCCUACCGGAGUCGAGCGGACUCCAGUCGGACAAUACCAAUGGCAAGACCACCAUGGAACAGUGGCAAGAGGGUGCCGGUAAUCGUACCACAUCAUGUACUCAUCGUCGAUUUCUUGUUGGAUCCCAAAAUCCUGUUGUCCAAAAGUCAUGUAGUCCCACGCUGACACAAAAGCUAGCAAAAAAGUCCAAGAGAAUUAUUGAUAAUUCGGUUAGCGCUGAUAAGACUGCUAAAAAGGGUAGUUCAGAAGGACAGAAAAGGUCAUUGAAAAAGGGUGAAAGAGAACUACUGAAGAAAAAUGUAGCACUUAGAUCCCAGCAGCCAUAUAUGACACUCGAAGAAACUAUGAGGCACCGGAACAGCUACUUCCACAGGCUGUGCGUCGACACUCUCGCCGGCGGCUUUCACGAGACGUUCACUGAGCUGGUGAAUCUCGCGCGGCAGGAGCAGCAGCAGCGGGAACAGGAGGGAGCGGCCGCCGCCGCGCAGCCGUCGUCGCCGUCGCGGCCGCCGCUCGCCACGCAGCCGGAGAAGCUGGACACAAUGCGAUCCUGCCUCGCGAGGGCCGAGGAGGCCGACAUGAAGAGCAACUUUGAAGAGGAGUACAAGGCACAGCACGAGCUUGCGCGUUACUUUAACCAGACGGGGGAUGCCUGGCUGGAAGACCACAUGCUUGCUGCUUGCCUGAACACGAGCCACAAAGUCAGCAAGUGCAAGGCUAGCAACCAGAGGAUAGCCGAGUCGAACUGCAACAUUGGCGUGUCCUUGGAGAAUCAGAGUCGAUGGUCAACGGCAGCCGCUUACUUCGAGUCGUUCUACAACCUGACGGCCUGCCAGUACUGGGAGGACGACAACGGGCGUCUGCUGCGAUCCAUCGCCUGCGAACACCUGACAAGAAUCUACACCAAGAUGGCGGAGCGCGUGUCGCCCGUCGACAGGGACAAUGCCAUGGCGUACCUACUGAAGGCCUACGACAAGGCAAAAGAAGGUGACAGUAACGAGGCACUUGGAGCUACAAGUUACCAGCUGGGCCUAGCGUACUGCGAUCGCGGCGAUCAAGAGCGUGCGAUAAAGUACCUGACCGUUUUCAUGGAAGUGUGUCAAAAGCAGAAUGAUCAAAUUGGACUAGGAGAGUCGUAUGAAGCAAUUGCUAAAGCUUAUGAAAGUCAAGGUAAUAUGACGGAUGCCAAGACGUACCUCCAACGCUAUCUGGAGGUGGCGCAAUCUAGCGGUCAUCGGGAUGCACUGUACAGAGCGAGCCUCAGCCUGGGAGAGAUAUACAACCUAACAGGAGAUUUCGCCGCGGCUACCGACUGCUUCCAGCGGGCGUACGAACUCUGCGCAGCGUCCUCCCCGGACACAUCCUCGGCGCGCCUCGCUCAGGUGUUAUGCGGCGUCACGCGGGCGCACAGCCUCCUCCUGCCCUACAACACGCGCGUCGUCGACCUGCCCUCCGCUACGCCCGCCCUCCUCCGCUGGAAGGAACAGAGGAAAUGGCAGGAGGACGUCGAGUGACGCGUUACCACACGUUUCGAUGAUGUCACCGCACGUUUUUUAUUUUGAUUCGGGUGGCGUGAUACGACGCGCCGACGCCGUUUCGAUGACGUCGUCGUGCGUUUUGAUGACGUCGUCGUGCGUUUGUGAUGACAUCGUGCGUUUGUGCUGACAUCGUGCGUUUGUGCUGACAUCGUGCGUUUGUGCUGACAUCGACACUUUCAGCUGCGUAAACGCCGUGAAGCGUUGCUCGCCUGAUCGUUUAUUAGGCUCGAAUGUGUCGGUACUCUUUCGUCUCGCAUAAUAUUUCGUGGUCCUAUAUACUUCCGUGAGAGGGCCGUAUAUUCCACGUCAUCGGCGGUUGUUGUACGUUACACCAUGGUUCGCUAUUAUGUAUACGUCAAAAUACACAUUUCUACAUUCGCAAUAAACCCGUGGUUGACGCUGGAAACCCGUUGUUACAUAUAUAUUCAAUACAAUAAAUUAUAUUUAUGCAUGAAUUUAA